CUCUCUAACCUAGGUAAACAUGGCCCCUUACCUCCGAAAGCUUCGUAAGCUCAAGCGCUCCAAGCCCAGCGAGAUCGAGGAGAGCGUUGCGAAAAACCUUUUCGAUUUGGAGACCACACACAGCACACUAAAGCAGCACCUUCCCCUCUUCCACAUCAAUGGCGUGCGUGUGCUCGAGAACCAGCGCUACAGGCGGAACGCGAUGAUUGUCUUCUACCCGCUGCGCUUCCUCAUGCUGGUGCGCAAGAUUCAUCGCUCCCUGACGACCGAGCUAGAGAAACGCCACCCCGGCUUCUACAUCGUGUUGGUCGCCCAGCGUAAGAUCACGAAGCGCCCGACGGACACGUACAAGCUGCAGAAGGUGCAGCGCUCCUGUACUAGGACCGCGGUGUUUGAGAACAUUCUGAACGAUCUCAUCUACCCCUGCGACGUGGUCGGCCGCCGCUGGCGCUACCAUGAGGAUGGCAACAAGAUCAUGAAGGUCUUUUUGGAUGCCCGCGAGCGCAAGAGGAUCGAACCUCGCCUCCAUGUCCUCGGCAACAUCUAUAAGCAGCUCACGCACUGCCCGGUGUCGUUUGGUUUCAUGUGGAACCCGAAGCUCCAGCAAGUGUCCUCCCGGUAAGCGAAUAUUUCUUUAACAGGAUUCAAACAUUGGGGGACCAGUUUUACCUUUCCUAAUUUUUAUCACGUCUUGUUUUAUAUUAUAAAGUUCGAUAUCGAUCACA